AUGUAUGAUAAUCCUUAUGCAUCAAUACUAGAGAACUUAAUAUAUGCUCAAGUCUACACACGUCCCGAUAUAUCAUUCAUAGUAGAAGUGUUGGAUAGAUACUUGAGCAAUCCUGACAUGGAUCAUUGGAUAGCUGUUAAAUGUGUAAUGCGUUAUCUAAAGAGAACAAAGGAUUACAUGCUUACUUAUCAGAGAUCAGAAAAUUUGGAGAUCAUUAGGUACUCUGAUUUCUAUUUUACGGGAUGCCAAGAUAGUAGACGCUCUACUUCAGGUUGUGUCUUCAUGUUGACUGGAGGAGCUAUUGCAUGGAAGUCUAACAAACAGACUCUAGUAGCUUCUUCAACAAUGGAGGCAGAGUACGUUGCUUGCUUUGAGGCAUCCAAACGUGGCAUAUAG